AGUGCACGGUAUCAUUAAGACGAUGAUCGAUGCUCGUGAAUGAUUUUUUCUCUCUGAGUCUAAUGAAUUCGAACGUCGAAUUCGUUUCGGUUGCGUGUGAUUCCACGUGUUCCGCAAUAACAAGGUGAUACCACGCAGCUGCUUGUACCAUAGAUAGUGAAGGAUCAUCGGAGAUAUGAUGUUUCUUUGAUUCUCGAGGAAGGCCGAAGAUCGCUUUUCGCUCGCUUGUCGAAAUAAUCCCGUCGUCGAUUUUAUAGAAAUAUAUAUGCAAUAAUGUUGCGUCGAUUGCGUAUUAAAGCUUUGGCUGCUGUGCCAGUUCGAAAAAAGCUUACGCAGAAUUCAGCAGAUUCUACUGAAGCUAACAAUGACGUUGAUAAGGAAAAGGAGGAAGAAAAUAUAUCUAAUAUCAACGAGAUAAAGCAAGAAAUUAUUGAAGAUAUUGCGCAGGUAAAAGAACAGAAAGAGAAAGAUGUAAUUAAGACUGAUACAUCCGAACAAAAAGAACGAAAAGAAAAAGAUGUAUCCAGUACUGAUACAUCAGAACAAGAAAAACUGAAAGAAAAAGAUAUACCUAUUGAUAUACCAGAACAAGAAACUGCCAAAGAUAUUGUAAAGGUCAAAGAGGAAACUGAGAAGAAACAGGAUAAAGUCAAUUUAAGAGAAUCAGUUAUAGAUAAACUAGAUUCCCAAGAAUUAUGUUCUCCAAUCGAAUCAUAUUCUCGAGAGUUACAUGCUCAGGUAAAGCCAAAUUCUCAAAAAUCUCCAUUAAACUCAGACUCUCAAGAGUUACAUGUUCAGGCAAAGCUAAACUCUCAAAAAUAUCCAUCUCCACUAAAAUCAGACUUUCAAGAGUUACAUGCUCGAACAAAGCCAAACUCUCAAGAGUUACAUGCUCAGGCAAAAUUAAACUCUCAAGAAUCUCCGUCUACUGGAUUCAAGCCUGACAAAGUUACUGAUCAAUCAAUUCAAAAAAAUAUUCCACCAUCAGAUAUGUCUACAGUAACAGAUAUUGCCUCUCCUACAAAGGUGAUACAGAAUCGUCCAUGUUUUAUGAGACCUACACCAAGAUUAGACAGUAGCGGUAGAAUAAGAAAGAACAGUAUACAAGGAAGCGGUGCGAGCGCAAGUGAAUCCGAGGAUGAAUACAGCAAGAGAGUUGCAUCUGUCGUGCCGAACCGCGUACGAAAUGAUUCUGUCUGUUCUGUACAAAGCAAUAAGGAAACUAAUGUCAAUGACAAUCAAAACAGUCCUCAGAAAAUUAAAAUAACGCAGAAAAGACGUACGCUAGUUUCGGAAUCGGCGAGAAAGCUGGCCGAAGCUAGAAGGGAGUUUUUACUAAAACAUGAAAAUAGAACACCUGAUAGAAGUCAGUUGAAAAUGUACGACUUGAUAUAUUAUAAUCCAGUGACAAAUCCUAUGAAAAAAUUGUCAGCUGGACGUAGAGCUGACUCAGUAACUAUACCACAACCAAUGGAAAUGGAAGAGGAAGAUGAAGAUGAUCCAUCGGCGAUGCCCACGCCGCAAGUGAAAGUAGGUCCUGAUGGUCAGUUGAUAAUAGAUGAACAAAGUCUUGUGAUAGAGCAGACAGAUGCGAGAAGAGAGGAAGAAAUAUUGACGAGUAAUGUUACUAUAGAAGAUGAUAAUUUCCAUAGCGGCGGUUUCUAUAAAAGGCAUAAGAGGAGCAAGGAGUGGCCGAAAUGGGAAACAUUUAAAUUUUAUAGAGUUUUAAAUGUAGUAGGUACAGAUUUUCUAUUAAUGCAGAAGGAAGAAAGGGUUAAUCGACAAUUAGUUGAAAAAGCCCUCAAAUAUCAUCAAGAAUUUGAUACUGAUAUGCUACAAGAGGAACUAGAAAUGUUACAAAAUCUGGAAAAUAUACAAAACACAUCCAAAAAAGCGCCGGAGAAAUCUAAGAGCGAACAAUCCUUGAGCAGAAGUCAAAGAAAACGCAAGCAUCGAUUAGUAGCGGAAAGUAUUGGAGAAUGUGGAUCACUACCCAAUGAUCUAGAAGCUGAAGAUACUGUAGUGUCGACGACAAACGAUGAAAUCGAUAUAGAAAUUUGUAGCGAUACAAAUAAUGUUCAGCAACAAAUGGGAAAGAAAAAAGCGCGAAGAUCGAAAAAGCGUUCGGACGACAAAUUCGACGAUUAUAGCUCUUGUACAGAUGCUGAUUCGGAUAGCUCUGAGGAAGUAUAUCAACUCAGACCGACUAGAUCUGGUAGAUUGUCAAAGAAGAUAAGGAAGUUACAAGCACCUGACUUAACUACACGUAACAGUAAUAAUAAAGAGAAAAAAUUACCGAUAGACAACAAGAUACCGUCACAUGUAGCUGUGGAAGUUACAGAGUAUGUAAAUACACAAGUUACGAAUAGCGAAAACACGGAAACAUCUUGUUCCGACAAUAUUAUGUCGAUGAUACCAAAUAUUAAUCAAAUGGAACCAGGAGCCUUGGUAAUCGUCUCGAAGGAAUCUGCAGAGAAUCCUGGAAAUACUAUUUUACAAGUUUAUAUGGUUGCCUCCAAUAUCGACUCUAGCACAACAGUUACAUCUAGCGCGGCGUCUGGGAAUCAGCCAUUGGAGCCUUCUUUAAUCAAUCAACCGGAAAAUACCGAACCGAUUGACAUUGUGGAUGAUUCUGAAAAAUGA